AGAUGAGGGCGACCAAAGGAGCGACUUAUAGCGAUUAGCCACCAUCUUAACACGGCGGAGCACCGGCGCAGGAAGAAAUCAACAGAAAGGCUCUCAAAGUCAAAAGACACAAGAAAGGGAUUGUUGUCAGAGAACCCCACUUUCCAACACAACCCCACUUCAAAGCAAAAAUACUAAAAAUAACACAGCCCGCAAUCAGGAGUUGAAGCAGCACCGCCACCUUACUCGAUUCUCUCCGCCUUUCAGAGUUAUUCUUUUCACUGCCCUAAUCCGGAAGAAACCUCAGAAACCCACCUCAAAAGGGUCCCUAGUUUCAAACACAAAACACACACUUGGAGAGGGAGACAACCUCAACAAAAUACUACAACGUGAGACUAACUGAAGAAUAAACCUUGUGCACAUCGACCAACUUUUUUUUCCAGAAAAGCCCACUUAGACAACAUUCUUUCUUUCCGUUCUUGAACUUCCUUUCACAACCCACGUUUAAAUUCUUCCCUUUUCGUGUUUUCGUUUCAUGCUGUUGUUUGAAUCGGAAGCAGUGGGAAAUGGCGAGUCUUGGCGAUAUUGGUGUGUCAGCGUUUAUCAAUAUACUGAGUGCCUUUGCGUUCUUGCUUGCCUUUGCACUUCUCAGAAUUCAACCAAUCAAUGACAGAGUUUACUUUACCAAAUGGUACAUUGCUGGGAAGAGGAGCAGCCCCAGGAACAACUGGGGUGGCGUGGUGGGUAAAUUUGUCAAUCUCAACUUCAAGACUUACUUGACUUUCCUCAACUGGAUGCCUCAGGCUCUCAAGAUGAGUGAGUCUGAGAUUAUUACCCAUGCUGGACUUGAUUCUGCUGUUUUCUUGAGGAUUUACACACUUGGCUUGAAAAUAUUUGGACCAAUAGCCAUUGUGGCAUUCCUAGUUCUGCUCCCAGUGAAUGCAUCUGGUGGCACUUUAUUUUUUCUACGGCGUGACCUGGUUGUUAGCAACAUUGACAAGCUUUCAAUAUCAAAUGUUCGCCCCAGGUCCUAUAAGUUUUUGGCUCACAUAUCAAUGGAAUACUUGUUUACAUUUUGGGCGUGUUACAUGCUUUAUAAGGAAUAUGAUAGAGUUGCAUCAAUGAGGCUAAACUUUUUGGCUUCAAAAGGCAGGUGCCCUGAACAAUUCACGGUUCUUGUUAGGAAUGUGCCACGUGAUUCUGGACGCUCAGUAUCAGAUAGUGUUGAAACCUUCUUUCGGAGAAAUCAUCCUGAUCACUAUCUCUGUCACCAGCCUGUAUACAAUACUAAAAAGUUCGCCAAACUGGUUAGAAAAAGAGAUAAACUUCAAAACUGGCUGGAUUACAACCAACUGAAGUUUGAGAGGAAUCCAAACAAUAGACCUACUAAAAAGAGAGGAUUUCUUGGACUUUGGGGUCAAAGGGUUGAUUCGAUCGACUUCUACAAGGAGCAAAUUAAACAUCUUGAUAUACAGCUGACAAUGGAAUGCAAAAAAGUUCUGAAAGACCCUAAAUCUGUUAUUCCGGCUGCCUUCGUGUCAUUCAAGUCAAGGUGGGGAGCAGCUGUUUGUGCACAGACACAACAGAGCAAAAAUCCAACACUUUGGUUAACAAAUUGGGCCCCUGAACCCCGUGAUGUUUACUGGAAGAAUCUGGCAAUACCAUAUGUUUCCCUCACCAUCCGUAGGCUCGUGAUAGCUAUAUCUAUGUUUGCAUUGGUGUUCUUUUACAUGAUACCUAUUGCUUUUGUACAAUCAUUGGCGAACCUAGAGGGACUUCAGAAGGUUGCUCCUUUUCUCAGGCCGCUAAUUGAAUGGAAGGUCGUCAAGUCAUUCCUACAGGGUUUCCUUCCCGGUCUAGCUCUAAAAAUCUUCUUACUUGCUCUUCCUUCAAUUUUAAUGCUUAUGUCAAAGAUCGAGGGGCAUGUCUCACUAGCAGUAUUAGAGCGAAAAACUGCUGCCAAAUACUACUACUUCAUGCUAGUCAACGUGUUCUUGGGAAGCAUAGCGGCAGGAACAGCAUUUCAGCAACUUCAUGCUUUCCUUCACCAAUCUGCUACCCAGAUCCCAAGAAACAUUGGUGUAUCGAUACCAAUGAAAGCUACUUUCUUUAUCACAUACAUUAUGGUCGAUGGUUGGGCUGGAAUUGCAAGUGAAAUUCUCCGACUGAAACCUUUAGUGAUUUUCCACCUAAAGAACAUGUUCCUUGUGAAAACCGAGAGGGACUUGGAGAAGGCAAUGAAUGCCAAAAGCGUUGAUUUUCCAGAGGCUUUGCCGAGUCUUCAGUUGUAUUUCCUUCUUGGCAUUGUGUACAUGGUUGUUACGCCAGUCCUCCUUCCUUUUAUACUGGUCUUCUUUGCCUUUGCCCAUUUUGUGUAUCGCCAUCAGGUCAUCAACGUCUACAACCAAAAAUACGAGAGUGCUGCUGCAUUUUGGCCACACGUUCAUGGUCGCAUUAUAGCAAGCUUGGUAAUAUCGCAAUUGCUGCUAAUGGGACUGCUGAGCACAAAAAAGGCUGCAAACUCAACUCCUUUGCUCAUCGUCUUACCCAUACUGACUUUGACAUUCCAUAAGUAUUGCAAGAAUCGCUUUGAACCAGCAUUCAGAAAGUACCCUCUGGAGGAAGCCAUGACCAAGGACACACAAGAUCUUGCUUUUGAAUCUGACGUUGGCUUAAAAUCUUACUUGACCAAUGCAUACGUGCAUCCUAUUUUCCACUCCUUCGAAGAAGUUGAACUAGCUGAAGUAAGAGUUGAUAAAAACCAGGCGCAUAUCAUGAAUCCUUCUCCAACCAUUAAUGAAGAUGAGCGAUCCCAGAGCGGCCAUACCGUGUAUCGCUAUGAAUUUGAAUCUCAAACUAGAAUGUAUAGGAAUGAUAUCGAAGCACAGCCAUGAUGUUUAGUCCUAUCUAGCAUUAAGCCCUGACCGCGUUCUUGCCCUCGUCAGAUAGGUUAACAUUUGUAUGAUAUAGUCAGCUGUAAGGUUUGUUGAUUGAUGUAGUUGGAAAUGGGCAAUGGGUUGGUUGUUGCUUCUGUGUUCUUGAAGCUGGUGGCUGGCAAUGGCUCCAUACAUUGUUGGCAUUCAAUUCAGCGAGGGAUUCAGUUCACGACCUCAUGAUACGAUAUCUAGCUUCGCCAACUAAAUUAAAUUUCAUUAGUUAUUUUAUUUGAAAUGUUGGGCAUAUUUUUAAAAAGGGUAAAUUAUAGC